AUGGAUGAAACUUCUCAACUAGGGGGCCCGUUAGAGCAACCAGAAGAUAAAUCAUCAGGUGGGACAAUACAAAAUGCAAGCCCAGAUGGGGAUUCCUUAUCAUUGGAACCCGGACAGGGCGACAGGCUUGGCCAUUUCGUUGGUGAAUCGUCAGGUCUAAGUUUUCUCAUUCGGUUAAGGAGGCGUCUCGUUCAAGAUACGGGUUCAGCAUACGAGAGCUCUGUAUUCACCCUUGGAGACCCUGAACUCCCCAUGUUCGACGAAAACACCUUCUCGUGGCCUCUGAGAGAAGAAGCUGACAGGUUGGUAAACACGUUUUUCGAACUUACAUCGGCCACAUAUAGAUAUCUUCACCGCCCGACCGUAGAAGGCUGGAUACGACAAUAUUAUGAUGAUGGAGACGUCCCAGAGCCCUGCUCUCAUGGCAAAAAAGCCGUGCUGCUAGGACUGUUUGCACAGGCGAGUGGAUAUUCACGAAUAACGUCUGCCGCCGACGGGCUAAGAUAUUUCCAAGCUUCUGAGAAAGAGUUAAAUCGUCAAACCCAGUCCCCUCAUAUGGUUACAGUUCAAGCCCUCCUGCUCGCCUGCUUUUUCACACUCACAUGCUCCCGUCUUAAUCAUUGCUGGAGCCUUUUUGGGACGACUGCCAGGUUGAUUCUCGCUUUGGGAUUGCACCGGCGGCGGCGAAAUAAAUUCCAACAGAAAGAUGCGGUCGUGGACUGGGUCCAGGUAGAAUGUGGCAAGAGGUUGUUCUGGAGCGCGUACACCCUGGAUAAGUAUUUGGCUGCAAUAUUUGGGCGCCCAUGCGCUCUGAGCGACGAUGAAACGGACCAAGACUUUCCGGCAGUUGUUGACGAUCAUGACCUUACGCCACUGGUUAUCAAACCAGCAGCUCACCAGAACAUGAACAAGAUGCUAGCACCCAUAUGUCACCACAAGCUUGGCCGUAUCCUCUGUCAGGCAUUGAAGCGUCUCUAUGGCAUUGUGCCAUUGGAACGUGCCAAGCAAUAUCAAGCGAUGAGCGAACUAGGUGCCAUGGUCAGAGAAUGGAGAGACAGCCUACCUUGUUUCCUUGAUCCCCAGAAAGUCGAUUCUAGGAUCCUUAGACCCUUCUUUCAACGGCAAAGCAACCUCCUGUCCCUUGGAUCGGGCCACCUCGAAAUCCUUAUUUACAGGCCGUGCCUACUGAGCGACUCGGAUGAGGGUGAUCUCUCCAUCGAACUUCAAAUGACUAACAAGGCCAACAUCCAGUGUUGUCUGGACGCCGCAAUGAGUAUCAUGGCCACUAUCGAUGCCAUGGUAGAAAAUGACCAGUUUUAUUCUAUCUCCUGGUUCGCUCAUUAUCAAGCCUUUUGCGCCGUGCUGGUGCUCUACACAUACACGAUCAGGAGCAAAUUGAAGCCUUCGUCCUCAUGGUUGAGCUACUACCAAGCAGCAGAGCGCUGCCAAGGACUGAUUGCAGCCGUCCCCAAGACUGACUCUCUGGCUCGAAGAUUGCAUCUGAUCAUGGAAGAGUACCGUACUGAGGUGGUGAGGCAGGUCCAGUGGGACUCGCCACAGGGCAUGAUUCCCCGCACUUUCCCCCCAUUAACAUCCAAUUUGGACAUUACCACGAACUGGCUGGCGCUCGAGGAUGGGAAUGAAGAGAGGCUCCCCCUUACGGACCUCCCAAACUGGGAGCAGCUUGAUUCAUUGGCUUUGGACACCUGGAACGUAGAUUUUGACUUGGGCCUUUCCAGUACGGAGAUACAGUAG